CUUCAUCUAUUGUCGGAGUUUGUAUGCUUGUGUCCACGCUUAUAGCAGGCCCAGUUGUUGCAAAAUUUAACAGAAAACCUCUCCUUGCAAUUACUCUUAUAGUGAUGAGUGUAUCUAUGCUUGUCCUGGGUGUCUAUGUAUAUCUUCUACCUCCUCGUCCCUUCAACUCUGUGCCCCUAGUCUGCCUUUUCUUAUACGUAUCUGCAUACUCAUUGGGUAUUGGACCCCUUGCCUGGGUCUUACUAGCCGAUCUCGCUUUACCUAAGGUUGCCCCAGCAGUAGUGACAAUAUCAUCUCUAACUAACUGGGGUGUAGCCUUUGCCUUAACUUGUUUAUAUUCACCUGUUAUUAAGAUUGUUGGGUUAUCAGGUUUAUGGUUCGGUUUCUCCUUGCUUUCUGGAGCUGGAUCCGUUCUUGUUAUUCUCAUCCUGCCGGAGACCAAGGGUCUUAGUGCUACUCAGAUACUUCAGCUGUUUAAGUAGAUCAAGCAAAAAAAUAAUAAUGCAAAACUUUUAUGAUUGAAAAUAAAAUAAAAGAUUUAAAGAUUGAA